ACUGCAGCAGGUAACAACAUUACGACUACUUCAUCUGAUCGCUCUGAUCAAUGUCAACGCUGGUUAGACGAAGCUAAAAUCCAUGCUUGAAUCCAGAGGAAGCAUGUGGAAGACGGCUACAGUCAUAGCAGUGUUUGCGUUAACUCUGGGUUAUUUAUACCACACUCAUUCAAACCUGCCAAACCAUGUACUGAGCUACUUCUCCCUACCGUUCCCCAAUGGCUCCACCACCAGCCCGAAUGUAGAGGAGGCCAACCUCAAUGAACCCAGUUUUGAACAGGCAAUUGCCACUGCGUGGGAGGCUAUAAUCACUGCUCCUGCACAUCAGUGGAAAAGAAUUGCUGUUGGAGUGAAUGCUUGUGUGGACGUGGUGGUGUCAGGUGUGGAUUUACUUGAAGCUUUGGCUCUUGAGCCUGGAAGAGGCUGUGACCAUGAGGUAUUGCAGUCCAAAGAGGAUCUAAUGGAAGCCUUCGUUCAUUUCAUGGAGAGGGGUGCAGCAGCAGAGCGCUUCUUCACGGAUAAGGACAUCUUCCUUGGUAUCGCGCAGGCUGCUGCAGAAGACCCCAGUGCUCAGCUGUAUGUGGGAGGGAAUGCUGCCUUGAUGGGACAGAAGUUCGCCUCCUACCCUGAGCUCGUGGUUCUGCUUUGUGGACCCGUUGGACCUAAACUGCAUCAGUUGCUGGAUGAUCAGAUCGUUGUUCCUCCGUCCCUUCAAGAGACGGACGAGUUCCACCUUAUUCUGGAGUACGGAGCAGGGGAACAGUGGGGUACGACUCAGGCACCCCAAGCUAACCGCUUCAUCUUUUCCCACGACGUGUCCAACGGGAAGAUGAGCGCCAUGGAGACCCUGACGGCCAGCGUGGAGGAGUUCCAGCCAGACUUGGUGGUUCUCUCUGGCUUACACAUGAUGGAGGGGAUGGGGAAGGAACUCUGGGAGGAACGGCUCAAAGAGGCUGUGGUGGCCAUCUCUGACUUACGCAACCAGGUACCCAUUCACCUGGAGCUGGCCAGCAUGACUGAUAAGGAUUACAUGGGCAGCAUACUGCAAGAGCAGGUCCUUCCCACGGUGAACUCCAUCGGGCUGAACGAACAGGAGCUGCUCUUCCUGUCCCAGGCGGCCGGAGGCCACGGGGAGCUCCAGGCCUGGGUCGGCUCGCCAGACGUGGGUCGUGUCAGCGACAUCCUCCUGUGGAUCCUGGAGCAGCACGGCCGCAGCGACCCCAGCUCCGAGGCCGACCUCACGCGCAUCCAUUUCCACACGCUCUAUCACAUCUUAGCCACCGUGGACGGUUACUGGGGCAACCAGAUGGCAGCGGUGGCAGCAGGGGCGCGCGUGGCCAGCUGUCAGGCCUGUGGCAUCCAGAGCAUCGAUGAUGUGCGUAAGGUGACGCUCAGCCCGCUGGACUUCUACAGCUCCCACGGCGGCGAGCCCAGGGAGCAGCUUCAUCUCAAUCCCACUCGGCCGGUCACCGUCUGGCAGCGUGCGAACGUGACCUUCCACCUGACCCCUGUGCUGGUGUGUAAACAGCCUCGGAGGACAGUGGGCCUGGGCGACGCCAUCUCCGCCGAGGGACUCUUCUACUCAGAGAUGAGACGACGCACAUGAUGAGCACACACACACAGUUCUGAGGACAACCUGAUCUUAAAAACUCUUCAUCUGGUAGUUCUUCCUUCUUCAUGGUACUGUUACACGAACAAUCUUCUUUUAAACGAUGUCCACUCGGUUAGGUUGGUAGCGAUCGUCCUGUUCUCUAUGCAGUAGGGGCCUGUCUUAGAGACAUUUUCUUCUCACUCCCAAGAUAUUGUGAUAUUUUAACAGUAAUAUGUCGAUAGAUUUAUGUUCACUUUCACUUCCUCUCCUUUCAGACGUUGUGUUGUACGCCUCCAAUUAGUUCAGUGCACAGUACAUCCCCUCGAUGAGCAAUGAAUCAAUGCCGAUCUUAAGCACAGGCUGGAGCUAGCUACUGGUUGGGUGGGGAGCUGUGGUUGAGACAGGAAGGACGAGGUGACUAUCCUCACGUAGAGAUUUUACAGUCUUAAUAAUCCUAUUGUGCAAUAUGUCCUCUUUACCACAAAGGUUUCCAAGUGUCAUUGGAUAUCAAAAUUGAGUUGAUGUUACAAUGGACUCCUCAUACCAGUACUGUACGUAUUGCUUUAUACGUUUGUUUUGUUUUGUUUUGUUUUUUUACAGAUCUGAUCUAAACCGUAAUGAUGAAAGUUUGCAUAGGCAUAUGUUGAUGUCGGGUGAAGGAGGUAUAGCACUGGUCAGAAUAACACUUAAAAUUACUUAUUUUGGAGUCCUUGUGAACGGUCAUGGUUGGGUGGUGUGAGACCACAUUUUAAAAUGCUGUUCUUACGGCCUGUUCUACUCAGCCCCAUGAAACAAGGGCCAUUUGAAAUGAUUCUAUGUUGAAGGUAAAGAAAACCAAUGGGUAGUUAUCUAAAGAAUCUGAGAUUUCUGCCAUAUGUUUAGAUUCUCUCUUUGGUUCAAUUAUUUGUCAUUUUGCCCCAUGAAUAUUUUGCAAAAUGCAGAUGAGGUUGUUUUUUUUUUUUUUUUUUUGCACCUUGUGAUUUAUUUAACUGAAAUCAAAUAAAUCACAUAUGUGAAUCUUUGGAGAAACCUUGGACUUUGUGGACCCCAGAUAGUUGUUAAAAUGAUGAACUGCUUGUGGCAGUAAGAUAUUUAAAACACUUACUAAUAAAUACAAAAUAAGAUAUUUAAAACA